AUGAUGAACGACCGCCCUCCCCUGCCGGACGAACCGGACCCGAUCGUGCCCAAGGAUAUCCGGGCCAGGCGCGCCGUGCCGUCGCUGCGCAAAGCGCCCACCGUCCGCAGCGGCAAGGGGUCCAUCUUCGGCAAGGCCUCGAUCCCCAGCGUCUACUGGGCCGGCGACGACCCGACGCCCAUGAACCACGAAGAGUUCACCUUCUACCGGGAGGGCACGCCGCCGCCCGACGGCGAGAAGGCCUCGGUGUCGCGGUCGCUGGCCUACCGGCAGAGCGUGUUCGACCACGACGACAGCGAGCCCGGGAGACGGCCCGGGUGCUGCGGGCUCAGGCGGGGGCCGUUCUGGCUGCUCAUCGGGCUCAUCGUCCUGAUCGCCCUGGGGGUCGGCAUCGGUGUCGGUGUCGGAGUGGGCGCGGACGCGGGUUCCGGGAAGAAGGCCAGCCAGUUGGAUGAAAACGCCGGAACGACAAGUCCCUCGCCGACUCCUACGGCGACGACCGUGCCGUCUCCGACGAAACCGCUGAUUGUUCCGACGGUGACAAGUUCAUCGAUAACCAGGAGCUCGGCGCCAUCGGAAACAGCUUCGUCGACGGUCAUGACCACGCUGGUGACUUCGGCAACCGGCUCGACCACGGCGGCGUCCCCCACGGCGACUUCCGGCCCCAACUCCAUCUGCCCGGAGGCCGACAACACCAUCUACCACGUCAUCGGCUCCGACAAGAAGUUCCUCCGGCUCUGCGGCGUGGACUACUCCGGCAGCGACGGGGCCAUAGACAUGUUCAAUGUCGCAGCGGUCAGCAUGGGCGAGUGCAUGGAAGCGUGCGCGAAGGCCGCCCAGUGCACCGGCGUCUCGUGGGGCAACGUCAUGGUCGACGGGGAAGCCCAGCUGCGGUGCUGGCUCAAGAGGGGUCUGAUGAAGCCACACCCGGCGGUGGCCAACUGGAACUUUGCCAUUCUGCAAUGA